GGUUUUUAUUGUUGUUGUUGAGUUGUAGGAAUUCCUUAUAUAUUCUGGGUAUUAAUUUCACAUCAGAUCCAUGAUUUACAGUGACUUACAACCCAUUGCCAUGGGUUGUCUUUUCACUCUGUUGAUGGUAUCCUUUAAUGUACACAAGUUUUUCAUUUUAAUGAAGUCCACUUUAUCUUUUUUUUUUCUUUUGGUGCUGAUGCUUUUGGUGUCAUGUCCAAGAAAUCAUUGCCAAAUCCAAUGCCAUGAAGGUUUUCCCAUAUGUUUUUUUCUAACAGUUUUAUAGUUUAAGCUUUUAUGUUUAGUUAAUAUUUAUGUGUGGUGUUAGAUAUGGGUCCAACCACAUCCUUUCACAUGUGUAUAUCCAGUUUACAGCACCAUUUGGUGAAAGGACUGUUUUUUCUCCAUUGAAAGGACUCAGCAACCCUCACAUACAUACACAAAAAAAUUUAGUUCACAAGUGGCUGGCAUUGUCGGGUGUUUGGGUGUUUGUGUGUUGGUGUGGAGGUGACUCAUUGUGAUUGGAUUUAGUGUUUUUGCAUUCGCUAGCAGGUCAAAAUGCAAAUCUUCACUAAGACUUUGACCGGCAAGACUAUUGCCUUGGAAGUGGAAUCCAGUGACACCAUAGAAAAGAUCCAGGAUAAAGAGCUCAUUAUUACAGGCAAGCAUCUGGAAGAUGACCAGGCUCUUUUUGAUUACAAUAUCCUGAAAGGGUCGACCCUGUACCCUGCCCUGCAUCUGAGGCGUGGUAUGCAGUUGUUUGCGAAGACCCUGACUGUCAAGACCAUCACUCUGGAGGUGGAGCCCAGUGACACCAUUGAGAAUGUGAAAGCUAAGAUCCAAGAUAAAGAAGGGAUCUGCCCUGACCAGCAGAGGCUCACCUUUUUGCAGGCAAAGCUGCUGGAAGAUAGCCGCACUCUUUCUGAUUACAGCACCCAGAAAGGAUCAACCCUGCACCUGGUUCUCCAUCUGAGGGGUGGCUGUUAAUUCUUCAGUCUUGAAUUUAUAUACCCAAUGAUGGCAUUACUCUGCGUUCUAGCCAUUUGCCCCACUCUAGGUUUAGAUAUUACCAGUUUCAUUAAAGCUGAAUUGAUGUUUUUUUCGAUAGCUAUUCAAAAUGUUAAUAAAGGUUUUGUUGCAUGGUAAAAAAAA